AUGCGGGCCAUUGGACUCGGCAGCUUCUGUCGUCAACCGUCGACUGCUGCAGCAACAGCAGCUGCGUCUUCCAGGACGUCUACUGCGCCAGCUGCGCACGGCUGUCGCGCAAAGCUCCUCAAGCGGAAGAAACGCACGGGCCAUCGCUCGCGCGGCGCGCUGUUGACUCGAUGCAGCACGCGCUUCAGCUCGCAGGCCGAGCAGUCGCAGUUUCUGCUCUUUUGCGGGAGCGACAACACGUCGACGUCGCCCGCCGAGUUGGUCUCGUCCGACGGCAGUACAUUGGCGUCCCGCUUUGCUCAGCUCCAGUCGCCUACGGCUGCUCAGCCCGCGCUGGACCGCCACAUGCCCGUGUUCUUCAUGCCGCCGCUCGUUGCGGAGCUCCCGUCGUCUUGUCGACGACUGUGA